AUGGCUUCCUUGCUGGAUGGCCUCUCCUUCGCUCGCUUCAUGGAAGUGACGGACGGCGAGAGCGCGACAGAAGGCAAGUACGGCAUCCCGCGUUUCGACGGGAGUGUUCAUCACCUUCAGGAGUACUCCUUCCGGGUUCGCAUGCGGGCUUUGAAGGAGAAGGACCUGGACCCUGCCGAGAUCAAGAAGAUCGGGCCUCUCGGCAUCCGCCUUGUGGAAGGACUUCGGGGACCUGCCCUUCACAUCGUCAAGCAGCUGGAUCCAGAGACGCUGGCGUCAGAAAAGGGGCCGGAGCUGAUCGUCAAGAAGUUGACCGAGACUCUCCGACCGCGGCGUCAGCAGGAAGCAAGGGAACUUUACCAGGCUGGGGCGAAGGAGCACGGCCCGCUGAGCAGGCAGCAUGGAGAGCCGAUGGCGAUGUUCACUCUUCGCAGGAGGACCUGGUGGAGCAUGCUUCAGGAUCUGGACAGUGAUAUCCGUUUGCCGGAAAUCAUAUUAGCAGAACAAAUACUUCAAAGCUCGAAGAUAUCAGACGAUCAGGCUUUGAUGGUGCGCACGGUGUUGGGCAACAAGUUGACGGUCUCUGGUGUUUGUGACGAGUUGCUUAACCACCACGGGGCCAUCCACUUGAAGGAGCGGAGGCAGGCGACUUCGACUUCGUGGAGGCCACGCUUCGGAGGCGGCAAGCACUCCUCCAAGGGCAAGGGCAAGCCUUGGCAGAGCUACGCCGCCUACCACGAGGAGACCUUCGAGGGCGCGGACGAGGCGUACUUCGGCUGCGACUACGACCAGACCUACUCGGAGUACCGCCCGGACGACGGCAACGACGCGGGCUACUACGCCGGCUACGAGGCUGAGGUGGACUACGACCUGUACGAAGGCGAGGACCCGAUCCUGAACGUCUUCGCCGCCAUGGUCGCGGAAGGCCUGGACGAGAACAUCGAUCAGGAGAGCGCCGAGUACGCUGCCGAGGUCCUGCAGGCGGAGUCGGAGGCGUACUUCACGAGACAGCAGGCCCAGUCUCGAGGACACUCCGGCUUUGGCGGCAAGUACGAGGUUCGCGGCGAGUUGUCUCUCGAGGAGCGCAAGGCCCGGGUCACCGCUUUGAAGGCCCGCACUGCCUGUCGCCGCUGUGGCCAGAAGGGGCACUGGUCUGGCGACCCCACUUGUCCGAAAGGCUCUUCCAAAGGCAAGCGGCCGGCUGUCUCCUCCGCAAGCUCUUCGUUGACUUCGACCGGCAAAGGCGGCAAGACCAACGCGAAGCCAGGUAAAGGAAGCUUCAAGCCGAGAACCGUGUACUUUGCCGUCACUGACCAGGACCCGCCGAAAGUCAAGACCGGCUACAUGGCGUACAACGGCAAGUACUCCCAGGUGUCCGCCUUCUUCCUUGGAUGGUGUGGCUCCGACCUCGUUGACUUCGAUGCUGAGCUGGACUGGACCGAAAGCCAAGCCCAAGGCCAAACCGGCCAACGCUUCGCCGCCAUCGAGGGCUACUCCGUCGACGGCGACUACGACAUCUUCGGCGGCCUCUUCGUCGUCCUUGACUCCUACGACGGCGACUUUUUGAACUCUGAGCUUGCUGUGGCUGUGCCAAAGCUGACGGCGGCACCGGGUUCCAACAGCGAGGACCGAGUGGUGAGCAUGCCCUCCUCUGUGUCGAGCUGGUCGGUGGUCUCUGGGCACGACUGGGAUCAGAGGAUGUUGUUCGAAGCGCUGCAGCAGAACCAAGGUGUGGUCAUGGAUCAGCUUCUGCAGGCCUCUGGGAUGAAUUCCACGUCAGGGCCGAUGGCUCUGGAGGACGAGGUGGACAUCCCCGACGACUUCGACGUUGCCGAGGCCAUGUCUUUGGCGCCGCCGGCCGAGGAGCAAGAGGAAGAGGAGGAGACGCACCUCCUUCACUACCAGAGCGCCCUCCUCAGGCAGGCAACUGCCAACACCAGCGAGUGA